AUGAUGCACCUCACCCCCCGUCUCGCCCUCCUCUCCGCCCUCCUCUCCAUCGCACUCCUCAGUCACAUCCAACCCUCCCUCUCUCUCGGCAUCCGAGACUCCGACCUUCCGUCGCACCACCAAGCUUUCUUCUCCUCCCCCUCCUCCUUUCCCUCCUCCCCCAACAACAACGGCAACGGAUACGAACCCGCCCCCCUCCCCGUCCCGAACCCCACACACAGCUUCUGGACGCAUUCCGCCCCCGACGCGAACGUCCUAGCAGGUGAGGGCAGCAAAGGCGAACUGACGAGCGAGGCGGACGUGUGUGUGAUUGGGAGUGGGAUUACGGGGGUGAGUGCGGCGUGGCAUUUGGUUGAGGGGUUGAAGAAGCGGGAGGGAGAAGGGCUGGAUAUCGUGGUGCUUGAGGCGAGGGAUUUUUGUUCUGGGGCUACCGGCCGCAACGGCGGCCACCUCGCCGAAGACACUUUCUCCUCCUUCCGCUCCCGCAUCGCAACACACGGCCUCCCCAACGCCAUCCGCGCCAUCCAAAUCGAAUCCUACACCACCAACGCCAUCGCCUCCAUCAUCCACUCCCACAACCUCACCGAAAAAGUCGAUCUCGUCGAGGAAGGGAGAGUGAGUCUGCAGUUUGAUGAGGUGUGGAUGGAGGGACGCAGGAGGGAUUGGGAGGAGGCGAGGAGGUUGGGGGUUGAGGUGGGGAGUGUGGAGUGGUUUGAUGAGGGGGAGAUGAGGGAGAUAUAUGGGACGAGUCGUGGGCAGGGCGUUAAGAUCCCUGGACGAAACCUGUGGCCGCUUAAAUUCGUUACGGAACUCUAUAAACUCGCUAAUUCCUCCCUUCCUUCCUCGUCCUCUCUACACCUCCACACACGCACACCCGUCACCGCCGUCUCGCCACUCUCUUCCUCUUCCUCUUCCUCGUCCACUUCAUCCACUUCAGGCAACCCACGCCGCUGGUCCCUCUCAACCCCCCGCGGCCCCAUCUCCUGCACCACAGUCCUCCACGCAACAAACGCCUACGCAUCCCACCUCCUCCCACACCUCGCCGGUCCCGAGGGUAUCGUACCCACGCGUGGUCAGGUCAUAGCCGUGAGGUCGAAUGCGACGGAGCAGGAGUUGAGCAGGAGUGGAUGGGUGGGGAAUAGGGGGUUUGAGUAUUGGUUUCCGAGGCCUGUUAGGGAGGGCGACUCCCCAAACCCGCUCGUCAUCCUCGGCGGCGGCCGUGAACACGAAACCGGUAGAUUCGAGUAUUAUCAGGCCGACGAUUCGGGGAUAGAUGCGAAGGUUGGACGGGCGUUGAGGGAGUUUUUGCCGCGGGUGUUUCCGGGGAAGUUUGUUGAGAGUGAGGGAGAGAAGGGGGAGGAGGUUGAGAUGGAAUGGACUGGUAUUAUGGGUUUUACCAAGAUAGGAGAUCCAUUCGUCGGACCCGUCCUCACCCCAAACCCCACCACGGGCGAAAUAACUCCCCAAGUCGGCCAAUACAUAUCCGCCGGAUAUUCGGGCCAUGGGAUGCCGAGGGGGUUUUCGUGCGCGGAAGUCUCCGCAGGGCUCAUCCUCGCCGAACUGAGCAACACGACGUAUGACCUCCCAGAAUGGUUCCCGACGCAUUAUUUGACUGAGAAUCGGGUUUGAUUUUGAUGGUGGGUGAGGAGGUGAGGAGGUGAGGAGGCUGAGGGAGAAUGUCAGGUUAAAACUUGGAGGGAGUGGUGGUGUUUAAACCUUUGGGCCCUAGCGGUGUACGCAUGUAGAUAUAGUGUGUAAGUGCUGUAUACGUACAGUGUAUGGUCGCCGACGGACUCGGACUGUGGAUGAAUGGU